AUGAAAAUCUACAUUGUCAAAUUUCAGGUUGAAGGAAGAACUGUGAAAGCUCAGAUAUGGGACACUGCAGGGCAGGAGCGAUACAGAGCUAUCACGAGCGCCUACUACAGAGGCGCCCUUGGAGCCCUUCUGGUGUAUGAUGUAACAAAGCCUACGACAUUUGAAAAUGUAAGCCGUUGGCUGAAGGAGUUGAGGGAUCAUGCAGAUGCAAAUAUUGUGAUCAUGCUGAUCGGGAACAAGACUGAUCUGAAACAUUUGCGAGCAGUGGCCGCGGAGGACGCACAAAGUUAUGCUGAGAAAGAAGGUCUCUCGUUUAUUGAAACAUCUGCCCUCGAAGCAACUAAUGUUGAGAAGGCUUUCCACACGAUUCUUUCAGAGAUAUACAGGAUAAUCAGUAAGAAGUCGCUUUCUUCAGAGGAGCCAGCUGCUGCUAGUAGCAUCAAGGAAGGAAAGACUCUUGUAGUUGGAGGGACGCCCGAGGCCAACGCGAAGAAGCCUUGUUGUUCUUCAUCCUGAGUCUGAUUACAAAUUUUAUCAAUUUUUCCCAUACUCGUAUUCCGGUCUUCUUGUUUUCCUAUGUAUUGUUGGUUGUUAUUCCAACUUUCUUUCAUAUAUUUUUAGACACUAUUUUGUUGUUGGUUGUGCGAAUUGAUGAUUAUUUGGUUGAUUGGCA